AUGGCAGCACAGAAAGACGUCCUUUACCUGGUAUUUUUAGCGCUGGCUGUCCGGACUGUCCGUCUUCAGCUGACCAGUGGUGAUGACCAGGGCUGGGCUUUUAUUUGGGAUUACAAUGGGCGAGCUGAGCAGGUUUACUACGAUACUAUGGUGGCCAGGUGGAACUAUAACACCAACCUUACACUGGAGAACAGCAGGAAACAGGAUGAAGCCAACUUCAUAGAGGCACACUUCGACAGGCAAGCGGCACAGAUUGCCUCAAGUUUUGACUGGCAAAACUUCAACAACGCGACAUUGAAGAGACUCUUCAGAAAAAUCACACUUCUGGGAACCGCCGUUAACCAUAUCGAGCAGGCCAGGGAGGCCAGGGAGUACAACAACCUGCUGACUGAGAUGCGUCUUAUUUACUCCACUGGGAAGGUGUGCGAGUAUCACAAUCCGACAUCAUGUUUGGUGCUAAAACCAGACCUUAGUGACUGCCUGGCUGACUCGCGUGACUACGACCGGCUGCGGUUCUGCUGGGAAGGCUUGAGGGACGCCGUGGGCAGGCAGCUGAAGGACAAGUACCCUCGCUUCGUGGAACUCAGUAACGAUGCCGUCCGUCAGGGAGUUCCAUAUUGGGAAGACACGGGUGCGUACUGGCGCUCCUGGUACGAGACAGCUGACUUCCAGGAACAACUGGAGAACCUGUACAACCAGCUCACGCCUCUGUACAACAACCUGCACGCUUACGUCAGGAAGAAGCUCAGGGCUACAUACGGACAAGACAAGAUCAGUGCCACUGGGCCCAUCCCUGCUCAUCUUCUAGGUAACAUGUGGUCCCAAUCCUGGGCCAACAUCUACAAGCUUGUUGAGCCCUACCCUGGCAAGACAAGCAUCAACGUUACAGCCAAGAUGUUGUCAGAUGGAUGGACAGUAGAUCGGAUGUUCAGAACAUCAGGUGACUUCUUGAAAGCAAUGGGCUUGAUUGAGAUGCCGCAGAACUUCUGGGACAACUCCAUGUUCGUCAAACCGGCAGACAGAGAAGUGGUCUGUCACGCGUCCGCAUGGGACUUCUACAACGCGCAUGAUGUCAGGAUUAUGAUGUGCAGCAACGUCAGUAUGGAAAACCUGAUCACCAUCCACCACGAGAUGGGUCACAUCGAGUACUAUCUACAGUACAAGCACCAUCCCGUUCCGUUCCGGCGGGGAGCAAACCCAGGCUUCCAUGAAGCGGUGGGAGAUUUGCUGGCUCUGUCCGUGGCCACUCCGACACACUUACAGGGAAUCGGCCUCUUGGAUACAGUGGAAGACGACAACGAAUCUGACAUCAACUUCCUGAUGAGUAUGGCCCUGGACAAGAUCGCGUUUCUGCCGUUCGGCUACCUGAUGGACCAGUGGAGAUGGGCGGUCUUCAACGGCUCUAUCACUCCGGCAACCUACAACCAGGAGUGGUGGAAACUCAGGACUCGUUACCAGGGCAUCGUGCCUCCCGUUCCCAGGAACCAUGACAAAGACUUUGACCCUGGUUGCAAGUACCACAUAGCCGCCAACAACCCUUACAUAAGGUACUUCGUCAGCUCUGUGCUGCAGUUCCAGUUCCACCAGGCCCUGUGUCAGACUUCCGGGCACACCGGCCCGCUGCACAAGUGUGACAUCUCUGCAGGGACACAGGCUCACAGGGCAGCAGCAGGACAGAAACUAGCCCGAAUGCUCCAGAUGGGUGCCAGUCAACCGUGGCCGGACGCCAUGGAGGUGAUCACUGGCCAAAGGACGAUGUCAGCUCAGCCGAUCGUGGAGUACUUCCAACCACUCAUCACUUGGUUGGAAACACAGAACGUCGGAGAGACACUCGGCUGGGACGAAAGCUGGACUCCUACUUACGACUGUGAGGCGGCUGACGGGUUCACCUGUGCGGAUGGAUCCGGAUGUGUCCGGCCGGGGGACCGCUGUGAUGGAGUCACCGACUGCGCCGACAUGUCUGACGAACUGAACUGUUCCAUCGACGAGCAGCAGGCCUGGGACUUUAUCUGGGACUACAACGCCAAAGCUGAGCGGGUUUACUACGACAGUGUCGUGGCGGCGUGGAACUACAACACAGACCUGACACAGGAGAAUAGCCAGAAGCAGGUAAGACUGGGGAUGGCUCCUCCCGUGGCGCACUGUGGGAUUUCAAGGUUGCCUGUUUUGUGCCUCAGGGGGUCACCGAGUUUGGCGCCGGUGGAGGGGCUAUGUUUGGAGUGCCCUAAGCAGGUCUUGAACUUGAAAGAUCCAACUUAACCCAGUAAGGAGAGAAUUUAUC